UCAACACCUGGAGCACAGCUCUCCCCUGGACCUUUGUGCAGAAGGUGGCUCUUAGCUGCGGGUAGACAAGGAUUGAACCAGAGAAGGAGUACAGAGCAGAGCCAUGAAUAUUAUCUUGGAUCUCCUCCUUCUUCUGCUCACCAUCAUCUACUCCUAUUUGGAGGCAUUGGUGAAAAUUUUCAUUCCCCAAAGGAGAAAAUCUGUGGCUGGGGAGACUAUCCUCAUUACAGGAGCCGGACAUGGAAUAGGCAGGUCGACUGCCUAUGAAUUUGCAAAACGGAAGAGCAGACUGGUUCUGUGGGAUAUUAAUAAGCACAGUGUUGAGGAAACAGCAGCUGAAUGCAGAAAACUGGGGGCCACCGUGCAUGUAUCUGUCGUAGACUGCAGUAACCGAGAAGACAUUUAUAACUCUGUAAAGCAGGUAAAGAAAGAAGUAGGAGAUGUAACCAUCUUGGUGAAUAAUGCUGGGGUAGUAUAUCCAGCUGACCUUCUUAGUACCAAGGAUGAAGAGAUUACCAAAACUUUUGAGGUCAACAUCCUAGGACAUUUUUGGAUCACAAAAGCACUUCUUCCAUCAAUGAUGAAGAGAAAUCAUGGCCACAUCGUCACAGUGGCUUCAGUGUGUGGCCAUGGGGUGAUUCCGUAUCUUAUUCCAUAUUGUUCCAGCAAAUUUGCUGCUGUUGGCUUCCACAGAGCUCUGACAUUAGAACUUGAAGCCUUGGGAAAAACUGGAAUCCAAACCUCGUGUCUCUGCCCAGUUUUUGUGAAUACUGGGUUCACCAAAAACCCAAGCACAAGACUAUGGCCUGUAUUGGAGACAGACGCAGUUGCAAGAAGCUUGAUAGAUGGAAUACUUACCAAUAAGAAAAUGAUUUUUGUUCCAUCAUAUAUCAAUCUACAUCUAUUACUAGGAAGAUUUCUUCCUGAACGUGCCUUGGCAGCUAUAAAUCGUUUACAGAAUAUUCAAUUUGAAGCAGUGAUUGGCCACAAAACCAAAAGGAAAUGAAUAAACGAGCUCCAGCCAGAAAUGCAGCUUAAUGAUGUAAAUCUAAGUUUAGAAUUAAUGCUUCAAAGCUUUAUUUCACAUUUUUCAAUAAUAUUAAUAAUAAAAACAUUGGUUUGACAUUA